UGUUAAUAUCCUGUACCCUUUCCUAAUCUCUCCCUAUAAAUAUAUCCAUUCCUAUCCACAGACAAUUCACUAGGAGUAGUCCAUUCCAUUGCAUGUGUUAGUGAUUUAGUCAUCCUCUUCAUCUAUGGCAAUAAAGCAAAAGAUGGAGAUUAAAGUGCAAGUGGAGUGCAAAAACGUGAGGCAACGUGCCAUGAAAAUUGCUUCACUAACAGAUGGUGUUGAAAACGUGGGAGUGGAGGGAGAUAAGCUGGUGAUAACUGGGACUGGAAUUUACUGGGUCACACUGCUCAAGUUGUUGGAGAAGAAAUUAGGGUGUAUACAACUCCUCACACUGGCAGAGGUGAAGCCGCCGCCGCCGAAGAAAGAAGAACCAGCGAAGCCGCCGCCGGAGAAGGAGAAGCCGAAGCCCCCGCCGCCUCCUUGCUCACAACCACCUGGUCCUCCUAUGUGUUUUGUGGUCGAUUCCCCUUGCUCUGAUCCUUGCUCCAUUUUGUGAGCAAUGGGGAUCAAGUACUGCUGUUAAUUAAUAAUAGUGAUCUAUAUAUAUAUCUUUGUGGUUCAGCAAUUAAGUAUUGUAUGUAUUCUGUAAUAAGCACGAAUUAAUGAAAAUAAAACUCCUUCCUUUGGGUCAUUA